GGAUGGAAAUGGGAUGAUCUAUUUCCAUAUAUGAUCAAAAUGCAAAAUCAUUAUUGUUAUUAUCUUCCAUCAUCAUUAACUGGAAUAUCAGAUAUAGAUUGUCGAAAAUGGCAUGGUCAACAUGGUCCAAUGGAUAUUGCUCCACCAUUAUUUCAACAAAUGCCUGAACCACUAUUAGAUUUAAAGAAUGAAUGUAAUGAAUAUGAUGGAUUUAUGACUGAUUCUGAUAAUCCAACCAAACAAUAUGGUUGUUAUUUUGUACAACAAUUUCGUAAGCCUUUAAAUAAAUCUGAUCCAAAUUCUGAAAGUAUACGAGCGAGUACAUGGUCAGCAUAUUUAAAUGGCAUAAGUCGACCAAAUCUUCAAGUAUUAGAUUCAGCAACUGUUUUAAAACUUGUUUUCGAUGAAAAUGAACCGACAAAAUGUAUUGGUGUUGCAUACGAAUAUAAAGGACAAAUAUAUACAGCAAUAGCAAGAAAAGAAGUUAUUCUAUCUGCUGGCGUUUUUGAUACACCCAAGCUUUUACAAUUAUCUGGUGUUGGUCCGAAAGAAUGGCUUCAACCAUUCGAUAUUAAAAUCGUGGCAGAAAAUUCACAAGUAGGAAACAAUUUUGUCGAUAAAAUGGCCAGUUUUAUGGCUUUUGAAACUUAUGAACAACUACCUGCACUACCAUUGAGUUUUCGUACUUUUGCAUGGUUAUCGAACAGUGGAUUGAAAGAAAGUAAUAGAAAUUGGACAGAUAUUCAAAUUUUUCUUUAUUCUGUAAAUCCUGAUAUAUCAUUUGAUGCUCCAAUAAUAGGUUAUGAUCCAACUCUUGCUUAUUCACAACCACGCAUACCAUUAAUCACAUUUCUUAUCUAUCAUACACAGCCUGAAGCUUCAGGAACCGUUAAAAUUCAAUCAUUAUCACCAUAUGAUCGACCACAAAUUGAUCAUGGUUGGCAAAAUUUAUCUGAAUAUGAUCGAAAUAAUCUUCAAUAUAUUGUUAAUUUUGUCCGAAAUUUUACGAAGAAUAUGCGGUGGGGUCAGAAAUAUGUAAAACAAGAAUUAUUUCCUGGAAAUCGCUAUGGAGGAUCUGAUAUUUUAUAUCGACAAUUAAAUUUAGGUAGUGGUUACCAUCCAGCAGGUACCUGUGGACUGGGAAAAUGCACAGAUAAUGAAGCCCGAGUGUUAGGAAUAAAAAAUGUUCGAGUUGCUGAUAUUAGUCUAUUUCCAACACAGAUAAAUGUUAAUCCAAUGUAUAUUCUCUAUAGUAUGUGCGAAAAAGUAGCAGACCUUAUUAUACAACAACAUUCACAACAUCGAUCAAAAGGCAUCAGUAUAUACAAUUGUUCUAAUUUUACUUUUAUCAUUUUUAUGAUGUUACUUUUGUUUAUGUAUUACUAA